CCCGCCCGGAACAAUCAUUUGUCAACACUGUUGUGCAGCUCAGCCCGGUGUGUCUGUGUGUGAGUCUUUGUGUCUCUUCUUCACUCUCUUUUACCAGAAUGGCUUCAAAUAAAGAAGACGCAGACAUUGACGACGCUGCCAUCAACGAGGAGGAGCUGGAGAAGGCUUUGUGUGUGCUGGCUGGAAGCGACCCAGAAAACUGCUCCUAUUCUCGGGGUUAUGUGAAGAGACAGGCUGUGUUUGCCUGCAACACCUGCACUCCCAGUGCUGCAGAGCCCGCGGGGGUUUGUCUGGCCUGUGCCAAUAAAUGCCACGAUGGACAUGACAUCUUUGAGCUGUACACCAAAAGGAAUUUCCGCUGUGACUGUGGAAAUGGCAAGUUUGGGGAAUUCAACUGUCAGCUAAUUCCUGCCAAAGAUGAGGAAAACAGCCGAAAUCACUACAAUCACAACUUCAGUGGCUGCUACUGCUCGUGUGACCGGCCGUACCCAGACACAGAUGAUCAGGCCAACGAUGAGAUGAUUCAGUGCAUCAUCUGUGAAGAUUGGUUCCACAGCAGGCACCUGGGCUGCACUGCAGCAGAGCCUGAGGAGCUGCAGGAGAUGAUAUGUGAGGCCUGCAUGAACAAGUUUCCUGUUUUGUGGACGUAUGCUGCUCACUUUGCAGUAGCACCCGUGGUCAGCGUGAGUCAUCCUGAGGAGGAGGUAGAAGUGGAUGUGGUGGAAGGAGCAGAACAGGUGGAAGACUCAGAGUCCAGUCAGAGUCAGGACGAGCAGCCAUCCGUCAGUCACACGAAGCAAGAGGAAGCUGCAAACAGGAGUUCCCCUUGCAAACGUACCCAUGAGGAAAUGACGGGCAGCCCUGCUAAGGCCACGGCCAAAACCGCUGUGUGCAGGCUGAAGGAGCUGCAGGCCGCGGGUCAGGAGAGGCCGAGACAGGGAGCGGUGUUCUGGCCUUACAGUUGGCGCUCUGAGCUCUGCACCUGCACGAGCUGCAAGAGAACCUAUGUGGCGGGAGAGGUGCAGUUCCUCAUGGAUCAGACCGACACCAUUCUGGCCUACGAGAAGAAAGGCUUGGAUGAGCCGUUUGGGCAGCACCCGCUGAUGGCACUGACGAGCUCGAUGAACCGCGUGCAGCAACUGGAGGUCAUUUACGGUUUCAACGAGCUGACAACUUCGAUGACUGCAUUUUUAGACCAGUGUGAAGCUGAAGGAAAGAUGGUCACAGUUGAAGCUGUACAUGAGUUUUUUGAGGAGCUGCGGGCCAGAAAAAGACGACGGACCAAUGCAGGAUACCAGUAACAAGGAGGCCAUGCUGCUGUCAUAUGCCUGCUUCAUAUGGUGCUCUGACUGAAUGCAUUGGUCCCUUUUCUCUGCUGAAUAAAGAGGCUUCCUGCUGGAACCAUUGUGAUCCUAAAACUUGAAUAAUUAGUGCAAAGACCUGCUGUUGUUGUUGUGAAGUGUUACUCUUGAGGUGAAGGAGGGAGUUUUGGGGGAAGAGUUCCAUGUUCUAUUGUUUUUAAUUGC